UUACAAAGAAAAAAUGGCAAAGGCUAUCUUGGUCCUUUCUGCACUCUGCAGCAUAUUGGCCUUUGCCAACUUUGCUCAAUCCCAUGAAGUCUUCAAAGUUGAAGGCACUGUCUAUUGUGACACUUGCCGUGUGCAAUUUCAGACCAAAAUUAGUGAGAACAUUGAAGGUGCAAAAGUGCAGUUGACAUGCAGAGACAUGGAGACAGAAAAAGUGACAUAUACAACAGAAGCAUUGACAGACAAGGAUGGGAAAUACACAAUAGAAGCAACAGGUGACCAUGAGAAAGAACUUUGUGAUGUAGGUGUUAUCCAUAGCCCAAGAGAAGAUUGCAAGGAACCUGCAAUUGGUUUUGAGAACACAAGAGUUGUGUGCAGUAACAAUGUUGGUAUGCAUAAUCCAACACGCUACGCGAAUCCACUGUUCUUCAUGAAGAAAGAGUCUUUGCCUGGUUGCAAGGAUGUUCUUGAUGAGUUGGGUUUAUUCCCACUUGAAUUUUAAGUUAUCAAGUUUUUAGACAAAACACAUUAUUACUAGCUUUUUGCCCUUUUUGUUGAUUUGGUGAAUCAAAUAAUAAU